AAAUAUAUAAAAUAAAACUAACCUAAUAAAAUCACUAGUCAGUUUGGAACAUAUUUUUACUUGCUUAAGAUUAAUAAAUACCCAAGUGUUAGUUGAGUUUUCAAAUAUUGGAAAAAUCACAGAGAAACAUAAAUUUCUAAGCUGCUUCAUAACAGAUUGAGGCUGUCAUGAGAUAAUGGAUAAGAAGAUAUUCAAGAGAGGUUUUUCGUUGUCCCAAACAUUAAAUAAUACUGUAAGGAAAGUUUAUUUACCGAAUCCCAACAAAAAGCGAAUUGUGGUUCCUAAAGAAGAUCAAAAUGGAUCAUCAGAAAUAUCUAAAGGACCACGAAUCAACAGUCUCGGUAUUCAGAUGUUAUCAAAAGCAAUCCGUGAUCAGGUUUUCAAGAAAAACCUUGAAGAUAAGGUUGACCCAGUUGUGUUAGAAAGAUGCAAAGCAAAUCUGUCCAAGUUUCAACUGGGUCUAAAAGAAAACACUAUAGUUCCUGAUGUUAAUCUAAGGAUUCCACCUCUGAGAGGUGAAACUUUACUUGAACACUUUCAUGUUAUAGCUGAAGAACAAGCAAGUCCAUAUAGAACAAUGGUUUUUGAUCUGUUGAAGAAUCUACCUCCCAUUCCCAAAAAAUGGGAAUUACAAGAAGGCUGGACAAGGUAUUGUGAUGAUUUUGAACCUGAGCCAGUACCGUAUCCUUUAGAAGAAGCUAUAGUUUUUGACGUUGAAGUUUGUAUGAUGUGUGGUAAAGCUCCAACAUUAGCUACUGCUGUUAGUAAUAAAGCUUGGUAUGCAUGGGUUAGUAGAUCACUAAUAGAUGGAUCUAGUGAGCCUAUUGUCCCUAAACACUAUACCUCCGAACAUAUGAUACCAUUAGAGAGUACCAAAGAGGAUACUUCAAAAAAAAAAAGUAAGAGUAUUGAAAAUGACUCGUUAAAAAGGCCUAAGGUGGUAGUUGGACAUAAUGUAUCAUACGAUAGAGCCCGAAUCAAAGAACAAUAUUGGUUAGAAAGAACUGGAACAAGAUUCAUAGACACAAUGAGUUUACAUAUAGCCGUCAGUGGAGUCACAAGUUAUCAGAGAAUUCUUCUGAAAUCAGAUAAAACUGAUGAAGAAGACGUAGCUUGGAAGCAUGUGAGUUCGUUAAACAAUCUUGCCGAUGUAUAUAAAUUAUACUGCAAUAAAAGACUAUCCAAAAAAACUAGGGACAUCUUUGUAGAAGGUACGCUGAGUGACAUCAAGGCAGAAUUUCAAAACGUAAUGAAUUAUUGUUGUAAAGAUGUUAUUGCGACUUAUGAAGUAUUACAGAAUCUCUUUCCCAUGUUUUUGGAAAGGUUUCCGCAUCCUGCAACUUUAGCAGGGAUGUUAGAGUUGAGCACUGCCUAUUUGCCGAUUAACGAUAAUUGGGAGAAAUAUAUUGAUAGUAGUCAGCAAAGUUACGAAGAUUUAGACAUUGAACGAAAAAUUAAACUAAUUCGAAGAGCAGAUCAAGCUUGCAGUCUUCUUCAUAAUGACGAGUAUAAGAAAGAUAUUUGGCUUUGGAAUGAGGACUGGAGCAUUAGGCACUUGAAAGUAAAGAAGACUGCCGAGACAAAAAAAUUGAAAAACCUAGAUAAAACUCCGGAGGUGGACUGUCCUGCUGUUGAUAAACCUAAAAAGACAGACGAAGAACAUGAUCCUUUAGAGGAUAAAUUCAAAAGUCUUUGGGAAACUAAGGAGAAUCUUGGAAAAGUUAGACCGUUACUAGCUGGUUAUCCGAGCUGGUACACGAAACUGUGUCCAAAACCUUUUUCGCAAACAUCAGAGAAUUGGGUACCGGGACCACAACUCAUAAGCACUUCCAUGCAGAUAACCCCAAAACUUCUCAAUCUUACUUGGGAAGGAUAUCCCCUCCAUUUUUUAAAAUCAAAGGGUUGGGGUUUUCUAGUUCCUUUCAACAAUGACACGGAUAUUUAUAGGAAAUUACCGUUAGAACAAUUAUUGCAAAAAUGUCCCUUACUAGUCGACAAACCAAAAGAAAGUCCCGGAGAGGACAAUUUGAAUGUGAUAUCUUCCAAAGUGCAGCAGGAAUUAAUGCGUAAAGAGUUUUACGCUAAGGCUAAAAAGGAUAAAACAGGCAACCUUUACAAAGGAACCGGUAUCUGGUGCAAUACCGAAAUAGAAGACUGUUGUUGGUUUUUUAAGUUGCCUCACAAAAACGGUCCCGCUUUUAAUGUGGGUAAUCCCUUGUCUAGAGACUUUUUGAACAAGUUUUCUGAGAAUGUCUUAGCCGGAGACACCGAAUCUGCGGAACAAAUAUUGGCCAUAGCUCGAAUGCUUUCUUACUGGAGAAACAACAGAGAUCGCGUCAUGGACCAGAUGGUUGUUUGGUUGAACCCACAGGAGCUCCCAAAAAGCCUUCAAAAAGAAGAUGUUAGAAUAGGGGCUAUAAUUCCUAUGGUGAUCGUUUGUGGUACUUUAACCAGAAGGGCUGUUGAGUCUACUUGGAUGACUGCAUCCAAUGCACAUCCGGAAAGGGUAGGUUCCGAACUUAGAGCCAUGGUGCAGGCGCCUAAGGGUUACAAUAUUGUAGGAGCUGAUGUGGAUUCCCAAGAAUUGUGGAUCGCCUCUUUGAUAGGAGACGCCGCUUAUUGCAAAAUACAAGGGGGCACUCCCUUCGGCUGGAUGACUCUGAGUGGAAAUAAGGCAGAUGGUACAGACAUGCACAGUGUGACAGCCAAAGCGAUCGGUAUAUCCAGGGAUCAAGCCAAGGUUAUUAAUUACGCUAGGAUAUAUGGAGCAGGUCAAACCUUCGCCGAAAGACUACUCAAACAGUACAAUCCGACAAUAUCAGAUGCGGAGGCUAAAAAUAAGUCUCAGAGAAUGUUCAGCAUGACCAAAGGCAAAAGAUUUUACACUUUGAAGAAGGAAUUUGCGUUUGAACUACCAGAUCAACCUUAUACAAAGUGGCAGGCUUUUGAAGUGGCCAAAUCUUUUGGGAAGCAUGUCGAAGAAGUUUUCGUGAGGCCUGUUUGGGUUGGAGGUACUGAAUCGGCUAUGUUCAAUCGAUUAGAAACGAUUGCUAGUGAGAAAUCCCCUGUUACCCCUUUUUUGAACAGUCGUCUGAGUAGGUCGAUCGAACCAAAGUCUUUAAAGGACGACAGAUACCUGCCAACAAGGGUCAACUGGGUAGUUCAGAGUGGCGCAGUGGAUUUUCUUCAUUUAAUGCUUGUUUGUAUGAGAUGGAUAUUGAAAGACAGGGGGAGAUUCUGUCUUAGUUUCCAUGAUGAAAUACGAUACUUAGUGCCGGAAGAACAUAAGUAUAAAGCAGCUUUGGCUAUGCAUGUAACGAAUCUCCUAACAAGAUCAUUCUGUGUGCAAAAAUUGGGUUUAAAUGAUCUACCACAAUCUGUGGCAUUUUUUUCAUCGGUUGAGGUUGAUACAGUCCUUAGAAAAGAUGCUAAACAGGAUUGUGUCACUCCUUCUAACCCUCAUGGGUUGGUGAAAGGUUACGAUAUCCCAAAUGGGGAGUCUUUGGAUAUUUACCAAGCCAUCGAUAAAGCCUAUGGGCAGUAUUCAUUUUGGUAUAAGGAAAAUUCCAAUUUGAAGAAAUGAUAUAUAGGUUGUAAAUUGUUCAAGUUGAUUCACAGGAUUUUUUGUGGUUUAUUGUGGGAAUAUCUCUGAUAUAUUUUUACGAAGAGUCUAUUUAUUUUUGACAAUAAAUACUGAACGUUUUUUCAGUAAA